AUGUCAGGAACUGUGUUUUCAUCUGGUUUUCUUGCAUUUCGUUCUGCUUCAAUUUUGCUGUGCGAGUUUGUUAAAACGUCAACUAUAUGGUGUAGUACCUGCGCAACAAACUUUUGGACAUCUGCUUCUCUUCUGGCACUAUGGGGUGCAGUUUGUUUUGAUUCACUUAGUGAUAUUAAGAAAUUGCUGAAUAAUUUAAACAAAUUGGCUCGUCCGGUUACAAAUGCGAAUAACACGGCCCAAGUACAGUCAGGCUAUACCUGCAAAGUGCCAAUGGAUUUAUCGGAUUACACUUUAGUGGAGAAUGGACUGUUAAAAGCUAGUACCCUGGCAAAGCAUGAGGAGAUACAUUACAAUUGUACUCUAUGCCCUGGUGUUUUUCUCGAAAUCAAUAUUGGUAGUAGCAUCAUCGACAACAUUCAUGAUAGCUCUCUUGAAUACGGCUACAGAUCGAAUGAGAAUGCUGAUACUGCCAAUGAAAGGAUGGAAUAUAAUUCUUUCAAAAUGAUCUCUGCUGAGAAUACAUUUAAAUGA